AUUCAUUUCCCUCCGUCAGAGAAGGCCCCUGCAGCAGCAUACAACAUCACCUUCAGUCCAGCAGAGAUAACACCCCAGAAUGGACUAUGUGCUGUUAUUCCAUGUUUGUUCACUCACCCUGAUGACUUCCUUGCUAGCAUAGCAAUGUGGCUUAAAUGCCCUGAUGCACGAUGUUCUAUUAAAGUCGAAACUGACUCUAUUUUCCACUCAAGAAAUUCCUCUAUAGCUCAGGAGGGUUAUAGAAGGCGAGUAGCACUACUGGAGACAGACCUGACAAAGAAGAACUGCAGUAUGAUCAUCAACGACAUCACUAAGACUGAUGACGGAGACUAUCAAUUAAGACUGUCCGGAAAAUUGAACACUGGCAAUAUAAGUCAAUUUACAUACCAGACGAAACUGAAAAUGGCAGUGAAAGCUCUGACCCAGAAGCCCUCAGUGUUGACUCCUCCUCUGACAGAGGGAGAACCAGCGACCCUGACCUGCACCGCCCCGGGAAUCUGCUCUGGAACUCCUCCUAACAUCACAUGGACAUGGAGAGGGACAGGAGACAACAUCACUGAGCUCAGAGACAACACCACCACACAAAGGAGAGAGGAUCUGACCCGCGUCACAACAACCCACUUCUCAACAUUGACCUUUACACCUUCAGCAGAGCACCACACCACCAAGGUCACGUGCCAAGUGACAUUCAAAGGGAACAUCACCACUGAGGAGACAGUGACUUUGAAUGUGACUCAUGUGAAGGAACCCAAGAUCUCUGGUAGUAACACAGUGAAAGAGGGUGAUACUCUGAAUCUGUCUUGCUUUGUUGACAGCUACCCACCACCACCAUCUAUCACCUGGAGUAAGAAUGGGACAACAGCUUUGGAACAGAAUAACUCUGGACUGGCCUCUCUCACCAUCUCGAACAUGACAAGAGAACAUGCUGGGGAGUAUGCGUGUAAAGCUCAACAACUCAACAGGACUCUGACAGCUUCCAUUGAUGUCACUGUGAUGUACCAUCCUGUGAUUCUCAAUGCUUCUGGGUGUGUCAUCCAGGCAAAGGUCAUGACCUGUGUGUGUGUCAGCCAGGGGGUUCCCUUACCUCUCAUAGGCUGGCUUAACACUGAGGAGUACUCCCUCACUAAAUCAGUGUUGAGGUCCUCAGUGAACACCACCAUCAGGAUGCAUGUCGGAAACCACACCAACACUACUGUGGAGUGUGUCAGCACAAAUGAAGUGGGCAGAGUGAGAGAGAAGCUGCAAGUCACCCAAAAAGAGAGCCAAGGAAAGCGAGGAGAGAAAGUAUCUAAAGACAUCUUGGCUCUGCUGUUGAACCCACCACUGAUUACUGCAUUUGUGAUUGGUGCAGCCUGCUCAUCCACCAUCUGUUGUAUCAUCCUGUGUUUGACAGGGAAAUGUAAAAGAUGCAAAGAGAGGAUCCCAAAGGACUCAGACUCCAAAAGCCCUUUAACGAAACUGGAGAUGGUGGCAUGUGAAGACCAACAGACAAAUGCAGGACAGGCUGUGCGGGGCGAACAGACCCCUCUGCAGGUGGUGCUGAUGGAGGGAGCUGAAAACACAGGACCCCAGACCAGUGGAGCUGCAGGAAACUCUGCCAAAGGGGAAGAACCUCAAGAUGUGCACUACGCCACUAUCAACUACUCCCAACUGAAGAAGACUCCUGAGGAGGCAGAGAAGAAGACCACCACCUCAGAGUCAGAGUACGCCAAAAUCAAACAAGAGAAUAAGAAAGAAGGGUAUGAAGGUGGAGGAGAGGGGAGUGGAGUGAUGUACGAGGAGGAGAACGAGAAUGGUAAGCCAGCAGCAGAGACAUAUGAGAAUACAGAGCUUUACUCCAACAUCAAGGCUAUUAUGGGUGGUGAGUGACACAGCAAUUUUCACUAGAAACAUGGGGGAUAGCAUGCAGUAUUAUAUAGCCAUGUGUUCCUUUAUCAUUUUUCUGAAUCCAGAUUGAAUGUUUUAUGUUGAUACUGGGACUUUUGCUCAACUGAAACUACUGUAGUUUUGGUGUUGUUUCCUCAUGUGCUGAAACAAGUUUGAAUGUUUUAUGAUAAUACAGAGAUGUUGUUUAAUAACUGAAACUACUGUAGUUAAUAGUUUUGGUAAAUGAUUUAUUUUACAGCCCUGUGUCAGAUGGUACUGUAUGUAUCUGGUGGUUGUACAUUUUCAAUAAGAAUAUUUUCUAGUUGUACAUAGAAGCAAGUUUUGGUCAAGAUUUUAUAAAGUUUUUCAAGGAAGAGUCAUUUUACUUUUGUAAUGACAGUGUUUUGUCACCAAGGGGAAGGACUGACACAUAUGUGGUUGGGAAAAGUAGAGGUCAAGCCAUUUAUUUUUUCUUCUCCUUUUUCCUUUCAUUUUGCAUUUUGAUUUGACAAGUGGGUGGGGAUAUUAGGUAGUAUGUGUGGAUGUAAUCAAUAUAUUUCUGUAAAUAGAAUACUGAUACACGGUUGAAAAUGUUGGCAAAAUGUCAUUCAGAAUUCUCAUUUUGGGCUAGCCAGAGAGCUCAAAUUAAAGAAUCAAGAAAAAAAGUACAUUAUGUUGUUUUCUUUAGACAGCUUGGUUGUUUAGCAACAAAACAGAUGUGUACACAACUAUGUGGUAAAACAGCUGGGUUGGCUGAGAUUGUUGACAACAUGUCACAUAUUUCGUCUCCAAUGUUUAAAAAUAUAAAUACAUUUGCACAAUGAGCACUUGUUGUCUCUCAAAUACGGUGUUACAGUUGUUUGGUUAGCUAGGUAGUAUUUUUUUGUGUGCCAUAUUAGCAAAUAACACCCCCCAAAAAUAUGACAUUUCAAUAACAACAUAAAACUAGCUGAAACAAGCCACCUACUAUUCGCCAGAUGGCAGCUUUGUGUCAUUGUUGCUAGAUAUCUGGCCAUCCAGAAUCACCACAACAUGUGGUCUUCUGCCCCAUUGAAGCAUGUCUAUCGUUUUCAUGACAUUAUCAGCUAACCCAUUUAUGAGAAUAUUUUUCUAUUCAUAAGUGUGCAUUAUUGCAGUAUUGUUUUAUAUUGAGGCACUACCUCAAUCUUU